GAUACUCGUGUAUGCAUGUAAUUGAUUACAAUAUUUCAAUCAUAGUGUUUCAAGGUUUCAUCUAAGGAAGUAUGAUUUUAAUUGACGAUGGCUUGUGAACAAUAUUAAAGAUUGUCAAUAAUAUGUUACUUUUGUUGUAUUGUACAAUAUCUUUGUUUACCUUUGUUACAUCUGUUAUACUCAAUACAACAGAAACAAAUUCACAAGGUGGGAUAGUUAAAUUGCAAUUGGAUCGCAUUAUAGAAUGUCACCUACAACCAAAUGGAUACAAUUGUGACAAUAAAGGAAAGUUUACUCCAGUAUUCUACUAUGACGUGCUUUUGGAGGAUUGUAAAACAAAAUACGUUGGAGAUUGUGCCCAUCAAUAUAACAGUUUCAGCAGCCUGCGGGCGUGUCAAUCUAACUGCCGAGAUGCCUCACGUAAGGAGAUGAAAGGGAACCUAACUGCCAGCGUGUUUUGCCGAUUGCAGCCAGAUUUUGGACAGUGUAACGGUUAUCAUCCAAUGUUUUACUUUGAUUUAACUCUUCGUACAUGCAGAGGAUUUUCAUACAGUGGAUGUGGAGGGAAUAUAAACAGAUUUCCGACUCAUCAAGAUUGCGUAACAACUUGCCUCUCUAAAAUCGAAUAUUAAAUUGAUUCUCUGUUACAAAUUAAGCAAUAAAAAAUAAAGAGUUACUU